GAGGACUAUAGGGACGCCCCCUCGGCCACUCUGGCUGCACUGCGGGGUCCUUGGCCCUUGCAGAAGCACAAAGCCCACAAGCUAGGGGAGCGACUGGCGGGAAUAUGCGGGCUGCAUGGAAGAGCUUUCGAAGGCCCGCGGAGACGGAAAGGAGAUCUCCAACUGCGCUCCGGGGGUGCCCGCGCGCUGUCGGGAUGUGUGGGGCGGGACUACGUCAGGGCGGGGCCACACGUGCGCCUGCCCCUCCGUGGCCGGAACGCGAGCGUGCGGAGUGACAGGACUGCCGGACCGUGGCGCGAGGCACCGCGGGCCGAGCUGUAGAGCUGUAGAGCUGCGUUCGCGGAAGCAGCGGUCGAGAGCCUUACAGCCCAUGGCCGCCGCGGUGCUGGGAGCUACCGCGCGCGCUGUGCGCUCGCAGCGCUGGCUGCUGGGAACUUGGCAGACACAGAUUAGAGACACCCACCAGCGAGCUUCAUUGUUCUCUUUCUGGGAACUCAUUCCUAUGAGAGCAGAACCUCUGCGAAAGAAAAAGAAGAUAGAUCCUAAAAAAGACCAAGCAGUAAAGGACCGUUUGAAAAAGAGGAUCCGGCGACUGGAAAAAGCUAGCCAGGAGCUAAUUCCUAUUGAAGAUUUUAUUACACCUGUGAAAUUCUUGGAUAAAGUGAGACAGCGGCCUCAGGUAGAGCUCUCCUUUGAGGAGAGUGAGCGGAGAGCUUUGCUUCUGAAGAAGUGGUCCCUGUACAAGCAGCAAGAGCAUAAGAUGGAAAGGGAUGCUAUCAAGUCCAUGCUUAAGGCCCAGCAGGAAGCUCUUCAGGAGCUGCAACUCACAUCCCCAGAGCUCCAUGCAGAGGCCAUCAAGCGGGACCCAAGUCUGUUCCCCUUUGAGAGAGAAGGGCCAGAUUACACGCCACCGGUCUCCAGCUACCAGCCCCCUGAAGGCAGGUACCACGACAUCACCAAGGUGUACACACAGGUGGAGUUCAAGAGGUAGAGCUGCAGGCAGCUGCCUAAACACACUGCCUUUGAGAUCCAGAACAACCAAGGCUCAAGCCUUCUUGUCACAGAAUUAAGCAUGCUGUGAAUAAAUGUAAGUUUAAUCAAG